CCCAGGUUCAGUCAAUAUGUCCAAUCAACCGAACCAGGCGCAAACAACGAAUAACCCUUCUCGCCGCCAAGCACUCAACGCUUGCGAAGCUUGUCGAAAAAGAAAGACAAAAUGUGACGAAAGGAAACCGGCUUGUGCUCGAUGCACGCGUUUGGGUCUCGAGUGCAUGUACAUUGAGACUGUUGCUGCAAAGAAGAACCUGUCUAUUGAGGAACUGACGGGCACGUUGAAGCGGAUGGAUGAGAAACUCGAUGUCCUUACAGCUUUCGCUCAACAGAAUGAUGGUCAUCAUCGUGUGCCCAGGGAUCACGGCUUGUACGAUACGACUGGACUAGCCUCGAGUCCUGGAAACAGCCAUACUGCUGCUUUCAGUCCCUUGAAUCUUGGCGGUACUGGACUUCUUCAAAAUGCUUCAACCCCAUUUCUCGACACCGGCCGAGUAUUAGAAGAGCUCUCACUAUCCCAACGGCACUCUACCGCGCCGCAGCAUCUUCUCACAUGGCCUUGCUCAACUCUUUCGAUGAGCGAACCGGAGCUCCAGUACCCGAUGGAGUUGGAGAUAAAACGUCCAAGGUUAUCUCGAUCGACAGCGCCACCUCGUUGCCAUGAAGCUGGGACACCGGCUGGAGAGGACUCUUGGUUAUCACGUCUGUCAUUAUCCCAAGUCAGCUUACUGACACAGUCAUACUUCCAACACUUCCAUCCGUCAUGCCUAAUCCUGGAUGAAUCUUUGUUCUAUUCUCUUGUUCUGAGCAACGCCGUGCAGACUAAUUUCGCGCCAAACUAUAACUCAUGUACAGUUUUGUUGGUCUGCAGCUUAGGGUCCAUAGUGGCAUACUACGCCGGUCACGAAGAGUGGACAUCAGGUAAUGAGCAAGAUGUUGGAUUGGGCUUUUUCAACUUGGCGAACGACAUGUUCCGUGAUUUAGAGGGAGGUAAUUGGGAGAGCGUCCAGUGCCUGCUUCUGAUGGGUCUAUUCUAUUCCGCUAAACUCAGAGUCUACGACGCCUGGCAAGUCAACCAUAAAGCUUGUUGCACUGUCUCAAUACUCGUGCCACUGCAACGCACAUUAGAGGCGCAGCAUUGCCAGAUAUUCUGGAUUGCAUAUCUACAAGAGAGCCAAAUUCUGGCCGAGUUCGACUUUCCAGCAAGUGGGCUUGGAAAGCUCGCGAGCAGCAUGCCUCUACCCGUCAUUCCCGGAGCAGGCACAGAUCCUCGCCACGCACAGUACCAGUUCUUCUUCCUAGCUCUUAUCUCUAUGAGAAAACUGCUAAAUCGUAUUUUGUUCCACCUUUACAGCCGAGACCAUACCAAAGACACUACGAAUGGAGAACCAACACUUGCCGAAAAGCCCGCCGCAUUCUUGUCAGUUUCCCCGUCGGUGAUAUUCGAGCUAGACCGGCAACUGGAAGAAUGGAGAACUUGUCUGCCCCAGGGACUCGAGUUCCCCAGCUACUCAGAGGCCCAACUUGCAGAAGUCCCUGAACUUGAUCAGACUCAUCGUUCGACGGAUGAGAGGCUACGUGGCCAUCUACAGGCUCGCUACUUUGCUGCAAAGUCUAUCAUUCAUCGACCAUAUGUCUACAAAACUCUACAUUACGACACUACAGCUUCUCUUAGUGACGCCGACGCAGCAGGCGCACGCACAGCGGUUGGCAGCGCGUUAAUGUCUGUGAUAUCAAGUGGAAUCUUACAUGAGCCAUUGGUCUUGCUGCUUCAUCCUAUUAAUUCCUGUAGAAGUUUGUUUGCUUGUGAGCUUCAACUUGCCUUUGUACUCCGCAGCGACUCUUGCCAAUUUGUAUUGCCCCAGAAUUGGAAAAUUGCAGAAGAGGUUCGAAAGGUUAUUUCGGGGUUGGUAGCAGAGAUGUCACCGACAGCGUUCCGAGAUGGCGAAAUAUUAAACAUUUUGGUUUGCUAAAAUGACCUCACUAAGCAGGUAUAUUGUAUUUUUGCUUACUUUAUAAUGCAUACUUCUAAUUGACCCAGUGACACUCU